GUUUGAGCUGGCUGGAGGACACGCGCGAGCAGAAGGGGUCUGCCCACCCGCUAGAGAAGCAAUAGGGAGAGUGCUUUGGACCAGCAUCCUCUCUAAAGGUGAAGAAUACUCUUGCCCUGAGGCCUGGACACACUGGGAGCCCCUUCCCCAUGAUGCUGCUUGUACACAAUGGUCUGUAGGCAACCUGUCUACCAAGAGAAGAGUCACUCUUCUGUAAGGCUGACUCCUUUGACCUAAUGACUGGUUGGUGAAAAGUGGACUCUGCUAGGAUGUUACACCACCACUGUCGGAGGAACCCUGAGCUCCAGGAAGAAUUGCAGAUUCAGGCUGCAGUAGCCGCCGGGGAUGUUCACACAGUACGAAAGAUGUUGGAGCAAGGCUACUCCCCAAAUGGCCGAGAUGCUAAUGGCUGGACUUUGCUCCAUUUCUCUGCUGCAAGAGGAAAGGAGAGAUGUGUUCGGGUGUUUCUAGAACACGGAGCUGAUCCUACGGUUAAGGACUUAAUUGGAGGCUUCACCGCUCUACAUUACGCAGCCAUGCACGGCCGGGCCCGGAUUGCACGCCUGAUGUUAGAGUCUGAAUACAGGAGUGACAUUAUUAAUGCAAAAAGCAAUGAUGGCUGGACUCCUCUCCACGUGGCUGCUCACUAUGGUAGGGACUCAUUUGUCCGGCUCCUCCUGGAGUUUAAGGCCGAGGUCGACCCACUCAGUGAUAAAGGUACAACGCCACUUCAGCUCGCCAUCAUCCGAGAGAGAUCAAGCUGUGUGAAAAUCCUCCUGGACCACAACGCCAACAUCGACAUUCAGAACGGAUUCCUGUUGCGCUAUGCUGUGAUUAAAAGCAAUCAUUCUUACUGCCGCAUGUUCCUUCAGAGAGGGGCAGACACAAACUUGGGGCGCCUAGAAGACGGACAGACUCCUUUGCACUUGUCUGCCCUUCGUGAUGAUGUGCUCUGUGCACGGAUGUUGUAUAACUAUGGAGCAGACACGAACACAAGGAACUAUGAAGGUCAGACCCCUCUGGCCGUUUCAAUAAGUAUUUCAGGAAGUAGUCGGCCGUGUUUGGAUUUCUUACAAGAAGUCACAAGACAACCCAGAACCCUGCAGGACCUGUGCCGAAUUAAAAUUCGACAGUGUAUAGGCCUUCAAAACCUGAAGCUGCUUGAUGAACUACCAAUUGCCAAGGUCAUGAAAGACUACUUAAAACACAAAUUUGAUGAUAUCUGAUGUACCUGGACUGUGAGCAAGAUUAAGAGUUAUUCCAGCUACUCAAAAGGCUUUGGGCCUUGCACAAAGUAUAUCCUAUGCAAUUUCUGAUUUGCUGUGAAGUCAGAAGGCGGCAGGUAUACACUUUUAGGUUUUUUGUUUGUUUGGUUUUCAUUUUAGGGGAGGGAUUUUAUAUAGAUACAUAUAUAUAUAUAUAUAUAUAUAUAUAUA